CCAUCUUGAGUAUUCCUCAGGCAUAGGCUAUUUUCAAAUUCAACUGCAAUUUCCCUCCAAUUCUCAAGACGUUUAAUACUUAUAUCAGAAGUUCUAACAAUGCAAUUUUAUAUACACUUUGCAUGGAAAGUGACAUGGUUAAAUUAAUUAUCUCGGACAUAUUAUAAAAUUGUGUGAUGAUUGUUCGUAAUUGGGCAGUUGCAGUACUUUCUGCUUGUUUAGCAGUGUAUUGUUAUACAUUUAGUCCUGUGAAUAGCACGUUAGCGUCCAGUAGCAGUAAAGUGGAUUGAAAGAAGUAAAUAUAAAAAAUAUUCCCAUGUCGAAAAUUACUGCAAAAUGUUUGUGGAGAACUUAGAAAGAGGAUUUUAUCGAUUAGUAAGAGAUGACAGAUGCUUAUUACUUGUUAACUUUGAUGUUGAUGCCAUUUGUGCAUGCAGAAUUUUGCAACAGCUUUUUAAAAAUGAUAACAUGAUAUAUACUCUUGUGCCUGUCCAAGGUAUUCAGGAUAUGGUUCAUGCUUUUGAAGAAAAUUGUGAGGAGAUAAAAAAUGUUAUUUUUAUAAAUUGUGGUGGGACUUUGGACUUAGUGGAAUUAUUGCAACCUGCAGAAUCUGUGAUAUUUUAUAUUCUUGAUAGCCAUAGGCCUUAUGAUUUAUGUAAUAUAUAUUCAGAAGAUCAAGUUCGUAUACUUGGUAAACCUGAGGAAGAUGAUGAGAUUCCAGAAUAUAAUGAAGUCUUUAGGGAUGAUUCUUCUGACGAAGAUGACGAUGAUUUAGAAAAUGAAGAAUCCCAAACGAAGAGGCGAAGAUUGAAUGAAGAAGAUAUCAUCAAGAGAGCGGAACGAAGAAAAUGGGCUGAAAAUAGAGCAACUAUUCUAUUCAAUUAUACACAGUACAGUUAUUAUGGCAAAUCAAGUGCAAUGCUCGUUUUUGAAAUGGCAUGGAGCAUGUCAAAAGACAAUUUGGAUAUGCUCUGGUGGGCUAUAGUAAGCUCCACAGAGCAGGCUAUACUUGGUAAGGUAGAAUCACGAUUGAGCGUUCUCGAAGAGGGAUCUCUUCACUCUCAUGUAUCUAGAUUAACUCAUAAGCAAGGAGGUGAAACCGAGAAACAGCAACAACAGCAGCAAAGUACAAUUCGAAUUACUUAUGACAAAGAUCUUUCGCUUGCCUUAUAUCGACACUGGACUGUAGAAGCUAGCCUAAAACAUUCAGUGCCAACUGCUGUCUCAUUAAAAUUAUGGUCGAUCAGAGGAGAGCAAAGAUUAAAGGAACUCCUAGCAGAAAUGGGUUUACCUUUAGCGCAAUCGAAGCAACGAUUUUCCGCCAUGGAUCUCUCGCUUAGACAAGAAUUUCGACAAAUGAUCGAAAAGUUAGCAGGAAAAUAUAAAGUAGACACUAUUAUCGGAACAAGUUUUACUCUUCAAUACGGUUAUAGGUUUAAGUACUGUGCUUCAGACAUAGUUUACGCUAUGCUGGCGUUAUUGGAAUCUUCUUCGAAAGAGAAAUUACCACAGAGCUGCUUUUUAGAUGCUUUGGAUUGUUUAUCGCGCACUAAGAAAGACAUUCUAGAAAGCGGAAUAGAGAAAGCGAAAGUUAUGCUUAGUAGCAUUUUUAAAACUGCCCAGGGUAUUUUACAAAUGAAACAGAUCAGAAGCGCUGGCUCGUUUCUUUAUAUAAUCAUACCUGAGGGGAGCGUCGAUAGUCAGGUGUUCGCGCAUCCACAUCCAUUAUUGAUGUUCGCUCAAUUCAUUUUAAAAGCUUAUGUUGAUUCCUCGAAGCUUAGAAGAGCACCAGAAUGGCCGCUUGUGGUCUCCUCAGUAUACGACGCGCAGGAUGGUACGUGUCUAAUGGUUGGCAUACCACCGGUGUGUGAAGAUCAACCAAGAAGUCUAUUUGGAAGAGCCUUCGAACAAGCAGCUAAAAAUACAAAUUCUUAUAUAGAAGCAGACUACUUUGACACUACAAUAAUAAGACUGAAAAUCGAAGAAAGGACAAAAUUUAUGGACGCUUUGGCAGCUCUCCUAGCGUGAAGCUUUUUAGCGAUUCAUUUGAUGUAUGAAAAUAAGAAUUCUCCGGCUAUUAUUUAUUUUGUAGAUAAACUAGUACGAAUAGUGACAGCAACGUUUCUUUUUUUAAAUACAGUGACGGGAUCAAUUCAAUAUGCUUUAUUUCUGGUGACAUACUGUAACUCUUCGACAGACUCGAGUUAGUAAUAUCCAUUUUACCUUUAAUGACACGUAGCUUUAAUCAUGCUGUAGAUAUUUGUAUAAAGUGCAGUUAUUUCAACGAAUAUUGUAAAACGUUUGUUCAUGUACGAAACGGCUGAUCGAAAACACCGAUCGUAUCGAUAAGACGAAUCAGAAACGAGACGAGGCGAAAAUAUAUUCAACGUACGAACCGUAGUUUCGAAGUUCGUUGACCAGUCGAUCGAUCGGUACAACGUAUAAUGUAAAAGAAAUGACAAUAGAUAUACUUUUUAUAUGAAAAUAACUGAAUGCGUGAAAUAAAAAGAUUUC